UGGCCCGGACAGGACCGUCCAGUCAAGGAUCCUGUCCCUCGGACAAAAUGAGAGGGUGAGAGAGGCAGCAGAGGCAAUCAUCAGGAAACCUCUACGGCUCUACCCAUCUCUCUCUCUCUCUCUCUCUCUCUCUCUCUCUCUCUCUCUCUCUCUCCAACUUUUCCGAUCGCGGCGGGGACACCGUCGGAAGCACCUCCUCGCCGGCGAGACUCUAUCAACUCUCAAUCACAAAUUUAUCCAGACCGGUCCCCAACUGAUUUUUGAAGGAAAGGAAAAGACUCUUCAGAACAGAGUUUGAAGGUGGCAAAAUGCAAAGCAAUUGGACUGGAAAUUGUCCGCAAGAUGUGUUGACUGAGAUACUCCUAAGGCUGCCCGUGAAAUCCCUCUUGCGAUUCAAGUGUGUCUGUAAGUACUGGUAUACUGUCAUCGAAAGCCCUGGUUUUGUUCGCGAGCACUUCAACCACGAGAACAAUCGCACCCGUCUCCUUUACUAUACUUCUGACAAUGACAGAGAAGGCGUCUCCUUUUUGCCUGAUGAAACACUGUUAGGCAUUUCCUCUCCAAACGAUGUAAUUGAUUAUAUACAGUGCCCACAGAUUGAAGCACAUCUCAUUGGCCCCAUUGAUGGCUUGUUUUUCGUACACAAAUGCGGGUAUGACAGUGCCAAGCCUAUGGCUCUGUGGAACCCUUCUACAAGAGAGUUCAGGCCCCUCCCUAUCUCUCCUAUUACACCACCUUAUUUCUACACCGAGCACACUUUUGGAUUUGGGUUGGACCCAUUGACUGGCAAUUACAAAGUUAUUUGGAUCCGCUUCAUGGUUGAUGACCGAACAGGGAACCCACUGCCUUAUUUUGUGGUUGCAGUCUACACUUUAGAUAGUGAUAAUUGGAGAUAUCUUGAUCCUCUCACACAUACAACGUGCAGCCUACACAAUUCUUUGUCUACCACAUGUAUAAAUGGAGCUUAUUACUGGCUGGUAUCUUACGAUCAUGCUAAACAUUCGAUCCUUGCAUUUGACAUGCACUGUGAGGAUUUCAAACAUAUAGAGGGGCCUGAUCAUCCUGAAGGAAAACAGGGGUCCCUUGCAUUGUGCAAUGACUAUAUUGCUCUGUUCCUUUGCCAAACAGGUGUAUUGUUUCAAUCUAGUAUUGACAUUUGGGUGAUGAAGGAGGAAGGGUGUUGGGACAAAUUGGUUACUGUUGAACCUUCUGUAGAAGUCAGCCGGCCACUUGGGUUUUGGAAUGAUGAGGUUUUCCUAGAAAGUAGCUCUUCGGAGUUGUUCUUGUACAAGCAUGAUACCCAUGAAAUCAGGAAUCUUGGAAUAUAUGGAGAUAACAAGGCAGUGUUUUGUUAUAAGGAGAGCUUACUUUCAGCGAAGGGACAAAAUGAGGAUCCACAGCGAUGCCCUUUUUCUGACAUAGUUGGUGACGACCUCAAAUAUAUUGUCCCAGCGGCUAAAAGAAAGGUCAUGGUGGAUAAAACAGAGGAGUUGGCUAAGUUGUUUGAAUGCUUCCGUCGUGAACAAGAAUUCUAUGACAGACGAGAUCGGUUGAGCGAUGAGUUUGAGGAUGUUCACGGUCUUCCUGAGGCGGAUUUAGCUAAAGGGUGGCAAAUGAUCUUUAACGAUCCUGAAAAACUUGAAACUUUUUUCACUCUUGACGGGGCUCAGAGAAACCUUUAUGUAGAGAAACUUGUUCGUGGAGGCUAAAUAUCCGUGGGAUUUUAUUUUCUGGUUGUUCUGUGGGGGGGAUUUUUAGGUUCUUCGGGUCCUCUUCUGUUCUGUUCACUCUCUGAGUUACAGACAUUUUGGUUUUAAGUAAACCCCUGAGAAUGUCAGAUGUUAAUGCUGCAACUUCGUUCUUUAUUUUUUAUCUGCUCUGCAACUUUUUGAGAUGAUUGUAGGAUUGUCAUAUCCGCGGUGUUCUUUGCCACUGAUCUAUUUCUUGUUAUGCCAACUGUGGUUUCUCUCAUUGAGCAGAGCUAGACGUUGGAUUUUUGUUGGUUCUGUUGGAGGUUUAUCACCCUUUGUACUUUCUUUUUGUUUUUCCGGAUUAGUGGAGUACGGUAUAACUUUUCACACGAAAUAUUUCACUGCUGCAUCAGAAUUCCUUAUU